AUGGAGAAAAACCGUGAUGUGAACGUGGAGGAGGCUAGUCAUCUGGGAAGCAACGAGGCAGUGUCAUUCAGUGCUCGUGACAUAAACCAAGCGACCGGGAACUACUCUCCGUCUCGGAAGAUCGGGCAAGGGGGAUUUGGAACUGUCUACUAUGGAAAGCUUCGUGACGGUACUCCAGUUGCUGUUAAAAGAGCAAAGAAGGUGUGGUUUUCCUUUUAUUCUUCCUGUUUUUGCUACAAGUGCCAUAUUAUGAUGCAGAAUGCUUUCGAGACACGGCUUUCGACGGAAUUCAAAAGCGAAUUGAGCAUGCUCUCAAGGGUGGAGCAUAUGAAUCUCGUGAGGCUGUUCGGCUAUUGUGAUGGCAAGGAUGAACGGGCCCUUGUUGUGGAGUAUGUUCCCAAUGGAAAUCUUCGUGAGCACCUCGAUGACGAGCCCAUCAUCCACCGCGAUGUAAAAUCGUCAAACAUUCUUUUAACACACUCGUUUCGUGCCAAGGUAGCUGAUUUCGGGUUUUCUAGAGCGGGGCCAAUGGACGUGGACGCGACUCACGUCUCCACAGAAGUGAAGGGAACUGCUGGAUAUCUUGAUACAGAGUAUCUUUACACGAAGAAGCUGACACCAAAGAGCGACGUCUACUCUUUUGGCAUUGUCAUGGUGGAAACCAUGACGGCGAGGCGUCCGAUAGAGCUCAAGCGAUCUGGCGAGGAGAGAGUAACUAUAAGAUGGGCGUGGAAGAAGUUCGAGGAGGGAAACAUCUUACAGAUAUUGGAUCCAAACCUGGAGAAGCAUCCGGAGAUUGCACCCACGAUGGAAAAGCUUGCAGAGUUGGCGUUUCGGUGUGCAGCGCCAUCAAGGAAAGAGCGACCAUCCAUGCAAGAAGUAAGCCAGCAACUCACACUGAUACGAAAGGAUACCUUGGCAGUGAGUUCCAGCAGCGACAUCAGCUUCUUCACAAGCUCGGAACGCGUGGGAUCCUCUCAGAAGUAA